AAACUGGAACAACUCAAUCAAUACCCAGAUUUUAACAACUACCUGAUUUUUGUUCUUACAAAAUUAAAAUCUGAAGAUGAACCCACAAGAUCAUUGAGUGGUCUCAUCUUGAAGAAUAACGUGAAAGCACAUUUUCAGAACUUCCCAAAUGGUGUAACAGACUUUAUUAAAAGUGAAUGUUUAAAUAAUAUUGGUGAUUCCUCCCCUCUGAUCAGAGCCACUGUAGGUAUUUUGAUCACAACCAUAGCCUCCAAGGGAGAAUUGCAGAAUUGGCCUGACCUCUUACCAAAACUCUGUAGCCUGUUGGAUUCUGAAGAUUAUAACACCUGUGAG